UCUUUAGUAGCCAUGGCCCGUACCAAGCAGACUGCCCGUAAGUCCACUGGAGGCAAAGCCCCACGUAAACAGCUGGCCACGAAGGCCGCUCGCAAGAGCGCCCCUUCCACUGGUGGGGUCAAGAAGCCCCAUCGUUACAGGCCCGGUACCGUGGCUCUGCGUGAGAUCCGUCGUUAUCAGAAGUCCACUGAGCUGCUGAUCCGCAAGCUGCCCUUCCAGCGUCUGGUGAGAGAAAUCGCCCAGGACUUCAAGACUGAUCUGCGUUUCCAGAGUGCAGCCAUCGGAGCUCUGCAG